CGGCGAAAAGUUAAAAAUAUGGUAAUGAGCUACGUAACACAAACUAAAAAAAUACUACUAGAAUAAAAAAGAAAAAAGAAUAGUAAAAGAUGAGGUCCCACCUGAUUACUGACAAAUCUGUGCCAGUCUCCUUUCCACUCCACACCUAGCAAAAGUCUUCCUAAACCCGCAAACAAUCAUUCAUAAACUAACCCCAACUCGCACCAAACCAAACUCAUCUCACUUCCUCUUCCUCAAUUUCCUCCCGAUCUGGGCUUUUCUGAUUCGGGUUUUUGUGGGAAUUCUAACGCCGGAUUGUAUCGAAAGAAUCUCUCUUUAAGGUUUGUCUCUUCACUCUUAUCUUCUUACAACGACUCUAUAUGUCUUAGCUUAUUAUGUGUAAAACCAGAAUCUCGUUAGAAACAGAAUUAUCUGCAAGUUUUGAACCGGUUAACUGGUAAUUGGAUCACAUUUUUUGUUGAAUUACUUUGCUGGGAUUUUGUUUAUCUUGCUGGUGGAGCCGAUCAGGGUGGUGUUGUUUGAUUCGGUUUCUGUUCCAGGAGAUCCGGAGAAAAUGGCAGCAUCAAAUGCUGGGACUAUGGAGAAAAGGGGUUCCUUGAAAACUACUGAUUCUUUUAGAACUGAAAAUGUCCCUGAAACUGGUCCUCUCGCCAUCAUCGUUCUUGGCGCCUCUGGUGAUCUUGCCAAGAAAAAAACCUUCCCUGCACUCUUCAAUCUUUAUCGCCAGGGAUUCUUGCAGUCUGAUGAAGUUGCCAUUUUUGGCUAUGCAAGGACUAAGCUUUCCGAUGAUGAGCUGAGAGAUCGGAUUCGAGGGUAUCUUUCCCAUGGCAAAGACAAUACUGAAGAUUUAACGAAAUUUCUGCAACUGAUUAAAUAUGUAAGUGGUGCCUAUGAUGCCGAGGAGGGUUUCCGAGCACUGGAUAAGGCUAUCGCUGAGCAUGAAGCAUCAAAAUUGAGUCCAGGAGAGUCUCCUCGAAGGCUAUUCUACCUUGCUCUUCCUCCUUCAGUAUAUCCAUCCGUAUGCAAAAUGAUCAAAUUCUAUUGCACACCCAAAGCUGAUCUUGGUGGAUGGAUGCGUGUUGUUGUUGAGAAGCCCUUUGGAAAAGAUUUGGCAUCUGCUGAAGAACUCAGUUCCCAGAUUGGAGCAUUAUUUGAUGAACCCCAAAUCUACCGUAUUGAUCAUUAUUUGGGAAAGGAAUUGGUGCAGAACUUGUUGGUACUGCGUUUUGCUAAUCGGUUCUUCUUACCACUAUGGAACCGUGACCACAUUGAUAAUGUUCAGAUUGUUUUCAGAGAGGAUUUUGGAACUGAGGGCCGUGGUGGAUACUUUGAUCAAUAUGGAAUUAUCCGUGACAUUAUUCAAAAUCACUUGUUACAGGUUUUCUGUCUCCUUGCCAUGGAAAAGCCUGUUUCAAUAAAACCAGAGCAUAUACGAGAUGAAAAAGUGAAGGUGCUUCAAUCAGUAUUACCAAUUAAGGAUGAAGAUGUUGUUCUUGGACAAUACGAUGGCUAUACUGAAGAUCCCACCGUUCCAGACAAUUCCAACACUCCUACUUUUGCAUCUGUAAUUUUGAGGAUCCACAAUGAGCGGUGGGAAGGUGUGCCUUUUAUACUUAAGGCUGGGAAGGCAUUGAAUUCAAGAAAGGCUGACGUGCGUAUACAAUUUAAGGAAGUGCCUGGCGAUAUAUUUAAAUGUCAAAAACAAGGGAGGAAUGAAUUUGUUAUUCGUCUUCAACCUUCAGAAGCCAUGUACAUGAAGUUGACGGUCAAGCAACCAGGGCUGGAAAUGUCCACAGUUCAGAGUGAGUUGGACUUGUCAUACAGACAGCGGUAUCAAGGGGCUGUGAUUCCUGAGGCGUACGAGCGCCUAAUCCUUGAUACAAUAAGAGGUGAUCAGCAGCAUUUUGUUCGCCGAGACGAGUUGAAGGAAGCCUGGGAGAUCUUCACCCCAGUUCUGCACAGGAUAGAUGGUGGAGAGUUGAAGUGUGUUAAAUAUAAGCCGGGCAGCAGGGGCCCCACAGAAGCCGAUGAGUUGUUGCAACGAGCUGGUUAUGUUCAGACCCACGGCUAUAUUUGGGUGCCACCAAGUCUGUAGAGUUGUCUAACUCAAUAUUCAGAGCUAAUAAAGGGAGCGAGCAUCUGGCUAUGCUAAUAGUUGCAGAGUUGUCGUGUUUCAGUUUUCUUAUCAAAAUACUGUAUUUUCUCAUCAUUUCUUCCUUUUUGUUUGUCUUAUAAUAAAACAGGCUGUAUAAGUGUGUUACGUUAGGGAACUUUUAUGUUGAGGUUUCUUUGUCCACCAAAAUAUAUAUAUAUAUAUAUAUA